UUGUACUUACUGCUUUCCACAAAGGAAGCAACAGUGUAUUUCAAGCAAAGAGCCUGGAGCACAGUGGAGCGGUUCCUAUAGCUGAAGUACAGUGUGAAUCCAUUGGACACAGGAUUUUCUGGGACCUUUUCCAACCCAGUCAUGGGUCAGGUAUUCUCUGAUACAUCUAAGAAGGAAGACAAUGGAGGAUUGGUUUCCAGCUACAACAAAUAUUUUAAGAACAUCAAAUCAGGAAGCACAAUCAUUUCUCCAAAAACAAGCCAUUCAAUUGAGCAACAUCUGAAAGAUGGAAACAUUCAGGGGGCAACCUCUGCCAUCAGGGAUGCAUUAAAAAAUAUUGAUAACGUCCCCAUAAACAUUGCUGUGACUGGAGAGUCUGGAGCAGGGAAGUCCAGCUUCAUCAAUGCCCUGAGAGAAGUGGGGGAUGAUGAGAAAGAUGCAGCUGAAGUUGGGGUUAUAGAGACAACUAUGAAGAUAACUUCAUACAAACACCCCAAAUUUGAAAAUUUGAUUAUAUGGGACCUGCCUGGUGUUGGAACUCUGAAAUUUCCACCAAAAGAAUAUCUGAAGAAAGUAGAAUUCCAAAAGUAUGACUUCUUCAUUAUUGCUUCUGCCACACGAUUUACAGAGCAUGAAAUGGAACUUGCUAAAGUAAUCACAAUGAUGAACAAGAAUUACUACUUUGUGAGAACCAAGGUGGACUUUGAUAUAGAUAAUGAAAAGAAAUGCAAACCACGUACUUUUGACAGAGAAAAGAUCCUAGAGCAAAUCCGAAAAUCCUAUGAGAAAACCUUUGAAAAGAAUGAAAUUGAAAAACCACAGAUAUUCUUGAUCUCUAACCACAAUUUAUCUGACUAUGAUUUUCCAAGCCUAGUGGACAUUCUGAUAAAGGAUCUUCCUGCUCAAAAGCGCCACAAUUUUAUGCUUUCCUUGCCCAAUAUUACAGAGGCAGCCAUUCAAAUGAAGUACAACGCUUCGAAGCAGUUUAUCUGGUUGGAAGCCCUCAAAGAAGGCGUUUUGGCUACUAUUCCUGCAUUGAAAAGCCUCAGCGACAGUGAUGUACAGAAGCUAGAAGCAAGUUUAAACCACUUCCGAGUACUCUUUGGAGUGGAUGACAAAUCCCUGGAAUUAAUUGCUAAGGAAUACCAAGUGCCUGUCGAAAAACUGAAAGAAAAACUUAUAUCUCAUUCAUUGUUGACAAAUAAGGAAAAUGAAACAUUAGGAGAAAAGCUUUUCAAAUGUGUGGAAAAAUUUCUCUCAGUUAGUGGUGGGUUCGUUGCUACAGGUCUUUACUUUGGGAAAAUGUUUUACUUUCAAUCUCUUUUCCUUGACAAAGUGGUUGAAGAUGCCAAAGUUCUCCUUAAAGAGGCAUAUUCAAAAGAAUCACUCAAAUUCAACUCACCCACAGCUACUGAUCAUGACAACAUGAAAUGAUUAAUGCCAGGGAGGCAUUAGAAUAAAUUACCCCCUCUGACACCUUUUCUAGCCAAUCCACUACCACAAGACAAAACAAAAGGAUACUGGUCAUGUGAAUUAAUAUGUCAGAACCUGACAAUCUUGCUUCAACUCUUUAUGUUCACCUACAUCUUCAUUCAAGUCUUUCAACUACACACACAAACUUGAAUACACACACAGAGAGAAAGGGGGGAGGUGGGAGGGAGGAUGAGCUCUGUGUCACUUCUGUACAUCCUUACAAUGAUUUUCUGUUGCAACAUUAACCUCUCUGGAACCUGUGCACACAUAUUUCUUACUUUUCAUGCACCUUGCUCUGUUGUUCUCAUAGUGUCUCACAACACACACACACAUACAUACACAAACACACACACACACACACACACACAUACAUACACAAACACACACACACACACAUGCAUACACUCAUGCACAUUUACUUAAAAGUUACUUCUACCCUCAUUAAGUCUGAAUUAAAAAAGAGUGACUAGCCAUGGCUAAAGGGAGACCUUAAGACCAAAGUCAAAAGAAACCAUAGCAACCGACCACAAGUUUCUUAAUAACCUAUCAAUUCCUAAAACUCCUCAUCAGAAUCCUUCUAGAGACAGUAAAGAAUAUCUAUAAUUCUAUGCCAGAACCAGCGGAGAACCCUGAGUUCCCUCUGUCUGUCAUUUCCUAUCUUGACAAUGAUGGUGAAGAACUACUUUGAUUCGUAUAUGAUGCCAUAAAAUAAUACUUAAUAAAUUGCUGAUUACAAAGAGUA